AUGGGCCAAAUUCACGAAUCUGCCAGCACUGUUGUUAGGGAGCAAAUAUUUCCGUACCUUCAAGAGGACGCAGUCAAAGAAUUCAUUCACUAUGAUGAACUCGUUAUACUAUGGGCAAACACAUUGACUGAAAAAUACACAUCUCUUGAGGAGCAUGCUAUGAUUAGACAAAGAUUAAGGAUGAUUGGUCGCUUUUUGCAGGAAGUGAGAAACAUAAAGCCGGAAAUUAAAAAUCUUUCUACUUUAUUAAUACCUGGAAAUUAUCCAGUUUGUAUGCAUGGAAUUAAAAAAGUUGCAGGUAUGUCGGAAGAUGGAACCGAAUUGAAAGCUCCAAGUACAGCCACUGCACUUUGUACUCUUCUGAAAAAAAUUUGUGAUUUCUUAAUAAGAUUAUAUAUCGAAAGACAAGAACAUGAGAAAAAAAAUCAAAUUGAAGUUAUGUUGAAAUUGUUUGUUGGAGGCUUCGAGAUUAUAAAUCGUCGAGCUGUUGAAACUUUAGCUAAACAUAAACGACUCAAGAAAGUUGUUUUACCUAGUCAAAAUGAUAUUGAAAAGCUAACAACAUAUUUAGAAAGAAAACGACUUAAGGCCUACAAUAAAUUAGAAAAAAGAUUCAAGUAUCAUAACUGGCUAUUAUUAUCUGAAACAACAUUAUUGCUGAUGCAAGUUUUUAACCGACGACGAGAAGGUGAAGCUUCAAAAACUACUAUUGAUGAGUACGAAGACUUCACAAGUCUCACUGACCCAAAAAAUAAAGACUACUACAAUUCUUUAUCUCGUGAAGGAAAAGAAAAUGCGAAUAAGUAUAUACGAAUCGAAGUACGUGGUGAGCUUAAUCGGCCAGUAGCAAUUUUUAUUGCUCCGGAAAUUCGAGAGUCAAUAGAUUUAAUUUUAAAUUUCCGUGAGGCUGCAAAUGUUCCAGAGGACAAUCCAUAUUUGUUUGGAUUACCACCUAUGAAUGACAAUAGACAUAAACGGUUAUGUGCAGGCAGAUUAUUGAAUAAAUAUGCAGAUUUAUGUGGUGCAGAAGAUCUCACAACUUUACGUGGGACAAUACUUAGAAAACACAUUGCUACCUUAAUCGCAGAUAAUAACUUAACUACGACUGAAGUAUCUGAUAUGGCUGACUUUCUUGGUCAUCAUGAAAAAAUCCACUUAUCACACUAUCGCCAAAAAGAUUGUCGCCAGAUAGCAACUAUUCCGCAGGUUCUUGAAGCUGGUAUAAGAAAACGACCAAAAAAUGGUGAUUCCAUUGCAAAUGAAUUUGAUAAAUUCGAUGAGCAUAGUUCUUCAACAAAUAAUGAAAGUAUCCUAUCAAGUUCGUCGACUGCAGAAUCUGUGGCUAGUGAAUGUUUCUAUGAUGAACAUCACAUGAAAUCUACUAGUAAAAAAUUACUCCAAUCAAAAAAGAGAACUCAUGAUGUGCUUGGAACCAGUGAAAAAGAUGAGCCUGGAUUAAUUAUAUAUUUUUGA